AUGUCUGUUUCCAAAACCGAACACGAUGCGUACUUAGUCGAAAACUGGGAUACCGAGACCCUUAUCCUUCACCUGCAAGAGCAAGACCUUAAGCUCGGAGAAAAACACUUCGAUGUUCUUCGCAAUAAAGAAAUCGAUGGUCAGGUCUUUCUUGAUAUGACCGAAGAAAAGUUUAUGCAGGCAGGAUUGGAAAUGGGACCGGCUAUGAAACUUGCAAAAGAAGCCAAAUCUCUCAAGACCUUGCCGAAGCGUCCUUUCUCCUCGUACCGCAGUUUGAAAGAAGUUCUGACGAAAUAUGACCUCAACAACGGGGUGACGAGUAUUCCGCAAUUUAAACCAGGCAA